CCGCACGAUCAUGAACCUGGAGCGGCUGCGGAAGCGUGUCCGCCAGUACAUCGAUCAGCAACAGUAUCAAAGUGCUCUAUUUUGGGCAGAUAAAGUAGCUUCACUCUCCCACGAGGAACCCCAAGACAUUUAUUGGUUGGCACAGUGUCUUUAUCUGACGGCACAGUAUCACAGAGCAGCUCAUGCACUUCGGUCUCGGAAACUAGACAAAUUAUAUGAAGCGUGCCGAUAUCUCGCAGCUCGAUGUCAUUAUGCUGCUAAAGAGCACCAGCAGGCCCUUGAUAUCCUCGAUAUGGAAGAACCAAUCAAUAAAAGAUUAUUUGAAAAAUAUUUGAAGGAUGAAAGUGGUUUGAAAGACUCCUCCAGCAAUUGGGAAGUGUCACAGUCUUCAAUAAAGAGUUCUAUUUGUCUUUUAAGAGGGAAAAUCUAUGAUGCUCUAGAUAACCGAACCCUCGCCACCUACAGCUACAAAGAAGCUUUGAAGCUUGAUGUGUACUGUUUUGAGGCAUUUGAUCUAUUAACAUCACACCACAUGUUGACGGCACAAGAAGAAAAAGAACUUCUUGAAUCACUACCUCUUAGCAAGCUAUGUACUGAAGAACAGGAAUUGCUACGUUUUCUUUUUGAAAACAAAUUAAAGAAGUAUAAUAAGCCUAGUGAAACCAUCAUUCCUGAAUCUGUAGAUGGCCUCCAAGGGAACCUGGAUGUGGUAGUGUCUUUAGCUGAAAGACAUUAUUAUAACUGUGAUUUUAAAAUGUGCUACAAGCUUACUUCAGUAGUAAUGGAAAAAGAUCCUUUCCAUGCAAAUUGUUUACCUGUACAUAUAGGUACACUUGUGGAACUAAAUAAAGCAAAUGAACUUUUCUAUCUUUCUCAUAAAUUGGUGGAUUUAUAUCCGAGUAAUCCUGUGUCUUGGUUUGCAGUGGGAUGUUACUAUCUCAUGGUCGGUCAUAAAAAUGAACAUGCCAGAAGAUAUCUUAGCAAAGCUACCACACUUGAGAGGACCUACGGGCCUGCCUGGAUAGCGUACGGCCACUCGUUUGCAGUUGAGAGUGAACAUGACCAGGCCAUGGCUGCUUACUUCACAGCUGCCCAGCUAAUGAAAGGGUGUCAUUUGCCAAUGCUGUAUAUUGGAUUGGAAUAUGGCUUAACCAAUAACUCAAAAUUAGCUGAAAGAUUCUUUAGCCAAGCGCUAAGCAUUGCACCUGAAGAUCCUUUUGUUAUGCAUGAGGUUGGUGUUGUUGCAUUUCAAAAUGGAGACUGGAAAACAGCAGAAAAAUGGUUCCUUGAUGCUUUGGAAAAAAUUAAAGCAAUUGGGAAUGAGGUAACAGUUGACAAAUGGGAACCUUUAUUGAACAACUUGGGGCAUGUCUGCAGAAAACUUAAAAAGUAUGAUGAAGCAUUGGAUUAUCACCGUCAAGCACUGGUAUUAAUUCCUCAGAAUGCAUCCACCUACUCUGCUAUAGGAUAUAUCCACAGCCUGAUGGGAAAUUUUGAAAAUGCUAUAGACUAUUUUCACACAGCACUUGGUCUUAGACGAGAUGAUACAUUCUCCGUUACAAUGCUUGGUCAUUGCAUUGAAAUGUACAUUGGUGAUUCAGAAGCUUAUAUUGGAGCAGAUAUUAAAGACAAAUUAAAAUGUUACGACUUUGAUGUACAUACAGUGAAGACACUAAAAAACAUCAUUUCACCUCCAUGGGAUUUCAGAGAAUUUGAAGCAGAAAAACAGACUGUGGAAGAAACAGGGCUUCCCCCAUUGGACACCUCACGGAAAACUGCAGAUUCCAGGCCUUCAUUAGAAGAAACUUUUGAAAUUGAAAUGAAUGAAAGUGACAUGAUGUUAGAGACCACUAUGUCAGACCACAGUACGUGAUUCCAAACUGUGGUCCAGAUUUCGUUUCGUCAUAGUUUAUAGUAUUACUAGAGUAUUGUCAUAGUAUAGUAUAUUAUUUUCCUAUUUUUCAACACGAACCCAAACUACAUCUCCAUUUAGGAUCAGAGAUCUGCCUUAAAGACUGGAUAACACACCUUCCACAGAUAUUUUCAGAACCUACAGAAUAAUUAUAUGUAGAAUAAAGAA